AAAAGUUGAGAGCUUCUCUCUCCUGGGAAUUCCUCCCCAGCUCUUUUGCGGCUAUGGAUUGUGUGUUGUUGUGGUUCUAUGGUUCGUAAUCUGUGUGUGCUGAUGUUCUUGGACCUGUAUUCUUGCUGUAUAACAUCUCCAAGUUUAGGAUUUUGUUUUUGAACGAGGUAUGAGGGCCAAAACUCAAAAACCAGAGGUCGAAUUAUGCUGAAUCUGGGGUUUGCGAUUUCUUUGUUUCAGUUUGAUUAUUUCUGUUUUUUGGUUGUUUCUCGGUCGGAAUUCUCUUAUAAAGCCAUUUCCGUGCUUGGAUUUGGAUUUAGUUUGAAGUAAGAAAGUCAAAAUCUUAAAAUCGACAGGUUAAAACGCGGUUUUACUGUUCAUGGCGACUCCUCUUUUCCGGAAUUAGCUGUGCAGUAGGGCUGCGUUUUACCUGUUAUUUGAGAACCUGUUUCGCUGACUGGGGUUGUGCUUGCUGAGUAACAUUGUAUGUUUCGCUGAUUGUGGUAUCCAUACCAUAUGACGAGAAAAAAUCAAGGGGGGGCUGGGGUCUCCUCAAAAACUAGACACACCAGAUCAUCUCCGAGGUUUGCACUACUUGAAGGAACUGAUAAUGAAUUCCCAGAGCUUAUUUCUUCGGUUAACAGGACUGGGAGUGGACCAGCUGCUGUUUCUGCUACCAGUGAACUGCUAGUUGAGGAAGAAAGGGGCAAACAACCAACUCCAACACGAACCGAUGAUGCUGGGAUUAAUAGGAAGGCUGGGACUAAGCAAUACACCUGUGAUGGACCUGAAAACCAACCUGCUGCGAUUUCUAUUGCUGGUAUUCAAUGCCAACAACCUGAACAGCUUGUUGUUGCCUCUACUGCUGCUAUAACUGCUGAGAACGGUGGCAGUACUGCUAAGGCAGUAAAUGGUGCACCUUUGGCAGUAACUCCUAUAGCCAAGGUGGGGGCUGGAACUCCAAAGUCUCCUGGGCAGAUCAGUCAACAAACUGCCAGUGUAAUCCAAAAGCCAUGGACUUCUCUUUUUAAGGAUAAUAGGGCUCCAUCAAAUGGCCUUAAGUUGAGGUAUAUUCCGCCGAAAGGCAAUUCCUUGGAUUUUUCGGAUAGGAUAUUGCCCACUAUGGUUGAAAUGUGGGGUUUUUGUCUUGUUGGAUACAUUACCGGAAAAUUCCCCGGCCUAAAGGCUAUUUAUGACUUAAAAAAUUCUUGGGGUGUGAGUUGUCUUGUUAAAUCCCAUGCCAAGGGGUGGAUCAUUUUUAAAUUCCAAAAUGAUGAAGAUAGAACAAAAGUGUUGAAUGGGGGUCCUUAUACUAUUUUUGGAAUGCAACUCUUGCUAAAAUCGCUUUCGGAAGAUUUUUCUUUUGAUGAUGAUGAAUUUCUUAAGGUCCCCAUUUGGGUCAAAUUUCCCAAUUUACACAUGAAACUAUGGAAUGAGGAGGCUUUGAGUGAAGUUGCUUCUAUGGUAUGGGUCCCGUUAGCUACGGACAAAAUCACCCAAGAUAGAAGCAAUCAUCUCUAUGCUAGAGUGUUGAUUGAAGUUGAUGUUUCCCGACCACCGCCACUUUCAUUUCCUAUACGACUACCUUCCCACAAAGUAGUCACACAAUCCGUGGUCUAUGAAACUUUUCCCAAUUUUUGCUUCCAUUGCAAAGUAUAUGGGCAUCACCCAUUUAUUUGCAAAAAACUAGCAACAAAAGAACGGGAUAUGCUUGGGGCUGAAAAAGGGGGAAAAAUUGGAAUUGAGGGAAUUCAGAAGGUUACCAAGGAAAAAGAAAAAGAAAAUGCCAAAGUGGGAAUCAUUGAGGAAGAGGAAGGAAACGAGAAGAGUGUACUACCGGAGGCUGAUUUAGCGGCCGCAACUUUGUCACCGCAUGCCACACCGGUAACCUCACCGGUAAUGGAAGUCGUGGAGACCGUCCCAAAGAACACACCGAUUGACACUGAAGAUGAAGAAUCUGACACGGAAGGCCCAUUUAUGAGUGAUGAUGAAGAACUACUUCUCGAAGAGUAUUGGGCAAAAAUCAAAGAGCUAAGGAGGUUGAAAAAAGAGAGAAAAGAGAAGACAACCGCAGAGGAUACUAUGGGUCUUGGCUAAAUGGUGUUGAGUAACGCAUUAACGUUUUGUAAUGUGUACUUGAUUUAGGGAGGUAGCUGACUCACGUGAUUUGGUGAUUAUGGGAUAAAACCCAUUUUGUUUGUGAGGCAUUAUAUUUAGGUUAGAUUAGUCUAACUUAGAUAGUCGUACUUUUGAUUUGGUUGAUACAUUGUAUUAUGUUAUUUUUGUGUGGUUUUAAUAUAUUUACAUUUCAUACAAAAAAAAAAUAGAACUCGGUAUGAUCUUUCAAACGAGA